AUGGAUCGAAUAACUUUGCUCAUCGAUAUGGACUGCUUUUACGUCCAAGUGGAACAAAAAGUGCGUCCAGAAACAGUUGGGUUACCAUGUGCCGUUAUUCAAUACACGAGCUUAGCGGCUGCCUCAUUAAUUGCCGUAAGUUACGAGGCUCGGGAGAAGGGAGUCACACGGAGCAUGAAUGGUGACGCAGCCAAAAACCAGUGCCCUGAUCUGCUGCUAUUUCAAGUCCCCAUGCGACGUGGUAAAGCUGACUUGACUAAGUAUCGUGAUGCCAGUGCAGAAGUCAUAAAGUCGAUUUCUAAGUUUACUUCUAAAAUUGAGCGGGCCAGCAUCGAUGAAGCCUACAUUGAUGCAACAGGCAUAAAUUUAUUUUGCGUUUAUUCGACGUCUAAUGUGGUUAUCGACCCCGAUUCAAUGAAGCAUCUUUAUGAUCCUGGCGACUUGCCAAAUCCCCCUUAUAGCUGUUCAAUCAACGAAAUAUCGGGGCAAAUGGCUGCCAUUGAAUGUUUAUGCGAUGGCCGAAAGUUAAGACAGGCACUCUGUCUGGCUCAAAAAAUCAAGGAUCAGAUUCUUGCAGACACUGGUUUCCGAUGUUCGAUUGGUAUGCUAUCGAAGAUAGCCUGUUCGCUGAACAAACCCGACAAAAUAACUAUCGUGCCGCUAGAGUCAGUUCAGCACUUGAUGAAUUUUACCAGGGUUAAGAAAGUCCCAGGAUUAGGUGGAAAACUCGGAAAGGACUUAGCUCUUCGAUUUAACCUCGAAUUUAUUGGUUCAUUGACUGCCGUUCCCCUCCCAAGGUUAAUUGAAGAAUAUGGUGAAAAAACCGGCACCUGGCUGUACGAACUCUGUCGAGGACGAGAUUACCAAGCAGUGAGUACUCGAACUCUGGUGAAAUCCAUCGCCUGCAGUAAGAACUUUCUUGGGAAAUCUUCACUCAAAAAAGAUGCCGAAAUUCUCCAUUGGUUGACCAACUUGGCUGGCGAAAUUGUUGAAAGGGUCGCCAUCGAUCGAGCCAAUCACAACCGCCUACCCACUGCUUUAUCCCUUUUCCUGCGCUCGGAUCAAUCAGAUACGAGGUCAAGAGCCCUGAGCCCUAAUAUACUGGCCUCUAUCCUUCCGCGUUCUCAACAAAUGGAGGAGGAGGAGACAGAGGCGCAGAUUGCUAGAAGGAUUGCUGAAAUGGCUUAUGGAUCGGUGCGAAGCCUUAUUGGGACAGCUGCCAUCACAAAUAUUUCCUUGUCGGUGGGGAAGUUUAAAUCGGACCACAGCGCGGCUUGCGGAGAUGUUAAAAAAUUCCUUACUGAACCACCAAAACUGGUUAAGAGGGAGUCUUUCUUCCGUCAAUUUUUCGAAAUUGGGAAUCAGGCGGAGCCGUCCACGCCAAAAAAGGUGGCGUUUGAAGGCUCCCUCCACCAGGCUACCGAGCCGAAGGCUCAAGAGGAAACGAAGGCAAGCAAGGAACUAGUCUAUUUUCAGCGUCACAACUCGACGGCAGAGAAGGUUUUGUGUGAGGAGUGCGGAUCUUACGUGCUGGUGCACCUCAUGCCGGAGCAUAGGGACUUCCACUUCGCCAGAAGAGUUCAACAGGAGUGGAAUAGGGAGGUGAAUCGGACACUACAGCCUUUGCAGGUUAAAAAGGAGACUAGAACGAUCCGCGAAACGAAAAGAGGACGUGGACGAGGAAAGAGGGAUCUUGGACUUGCGAAAAUCGACACCUUUUUUCUCAAGAGGGACUAA